CCACACUACAACCACCAACGACCAACGACGUCGUGAUGCCUUCCUUUCAGAUGAGAAGCACCGUCGAGAGGCUGGAUAAGCCUUCCAGCUAUGCCAUGAGCAAGUACAAGAAGCGCAAGCGCGCGCCUCACGAGGAACACGAUGAAAGCAAGCGCGCACCCUCACCCGACCUCGAAGAAAAAUUAGCCAACGCCACGACCCUCUACGUCGGUAACCUCUCCUUCUACACCACCGAAGAACAAAUCCACUCCCUCUUCAGCACAUGCGGAGAAAUCAAACGUCUAGUCAUGGGUCUAGACCGUUUCGCAAAGACGCCCUGCGGUUUUUGCUUUGUCGAAUACUACACUCAUCAAGACGCUUUGGACUGUCUCAAGUACGUGGGAGGCACGAAACUAGACGAGAGAAUAAUUAGAACGGAUCUGGACGAGGGCUUCUCUGAGGGCAGACAGUAUGGUAGGGGUAGGAGUGGUGGACAGGUCCGAGAUGAGUAUCGUGAUGAGUAUGAUCCUGGUCGUGGAGGCUAUGGUAGAAUGAUGGACAAGGAUUAUGCGGGCGAGUAUAAUGACCGAUAGGAUGGUGAUACUUUACUGCGAUCUGCGAAGGGAUCGAAGGCAAGCGUUGGAAAGCUGAAGAGGCUUUCUUGAGGCAGUACAUUCGGUGGCAAUGCAACCGAACGAACGCCCAGCGACGUGAUUUUGUACUCAUCGGACAGCACCCGGGAGUUUUCUAGGCCACAAGCGGAGGCUACAGAGCACCUUCCUCCUGGCAAUAUUUGGGUUCGAGCGUUAGCUGAAAGUACGAUCAGCGAGAAGUGUGUCGCGACGCUCGAAGAUCCAUACUAUCUCUGAGUUAUCUGGUGUGACACUAGGAUCAAGCCUCACGAGGGGCAGUGCUUGCUUCUUGCCUGUCCCUCUUAACGAGAAACCCAACCUAG